UGAAAGGGGACAAAAUUCUGCACAUGCUCAGUUUAUCAGGGGAGAAAAAAUGGUCUUUUAAAUGGGGUUGUAGAGCUCUGUUGACUGUGAUUUUGUCAAAUCACAUAACUUACAGUUCAGCCUGUUUUAUUUUGGCAGUGGAUGUCUGCAUAUUCCAUUGUAACAGCUGAUUCUUCUUGAUUUCUAAAAAUGCCGAGUAACAAGCUGGAAAAACCCGAAAGGGAGGUCAGUGACAACGUUAAAGUGGUGGUGCGAUGUCGGCCUCUCAAUCAGAAGGAAAAAAUGAUGGGUCACAAGCUGUCGGUGUCAGUGGACGAGAUACGAGGGACAAUAACAGUCAAUAAAUUAGAAACUCCCAACGAACCUCCAAAAACAUUCACAUUUGACACAGUGUUUGGACCCGAGAGCAAACAGCUGGAUGUUUAUAAUCUAACUGCCCGACCUAUUAUUGACUCUGUUUUGGAAGGAUAUAAUGGAACAAUAUUUGCCUAUGGCCAGACAGGGACGGGUAAGACAUUCACCAUGGAAGGUGUCCGAGCAGUACCGGAGCUGCGAGGAAUCAUUCCAAAUUCAUUUGCUCAUGUAUUUGGCCACAUUGCCAAAGCAGAGGGUGACACCAGGUUCUUGGUGCGGGUGUCUUACUUGGAGAUUUACAAUGAAGAAGUGAGGGACUUGCUCGGCAAGGACCAGAUGCAGAGGCUAGAGGUUAAAGAAAGACCGGAUGUGGGAGUCUACAUAAAGGACCUGUCUGGAUAUGUGGUGAACAACGCUGAUGACAUGGACAGGAUUAUGACACUUGGACACAAGAAUCGUUCGGUCGGAGCGACUAACAUGAACGAACACAGCUCACGAUCUCACGCCAUCUUCACCAUCACAAUUGAGUGCAGUGAGAAGGGAAUCGAUGGGAACCAGCAUGUUCGGAUGGGCAAACUACACCUGGUAGACCUAGCGGGUUCCGAGAGGCAGGGAAAAACGGGAGCAACAGGACAGCGUCUGAAAGAGGCCACGAAAAUAAACCUCUCUCUCUCCACCCUGGGGAAUGUCAUUUCUGCUCUGGUGGACGGCAGAAGCACCCAUGUGCCCUAUAGAAACUCCAAACUCACCCGCCUCCUGCAGGACUCACUGGGAGGAAAUUCUAAAACGAUGAUGUGUGCAAACAUUGGGCCUGCUGACUACAAUUAUGACGAGACCAUCAGCACCCUGCGCUACGCCAAUCGAGCCAAGAACAUCAAGAACAAAGCUAGGAUCAAUGAGGACCCGAAGGAUGCCCUCCUCCGGCAGUUUCAGAAGGAGAUUGAGGAGCUCAAGAAGAAACUGGAGGAAGGGGAGGAGAUCUCUGGUUCGGAUGGGAGCGGAUCGGAGGACAUGGAGGACGGCGACGUGGACGGAGGCGAGGGAGGGGAUAAGCGCCGGAGACGCAGAGGCAGUCGCAGCAGCAGUAGUUCAGACUCCGCCUGUUCUGUCAUUCAGAACUGUCCGGAGAAAUCCCAGCCUAACCAAACAGGAAAGAAGAAGGUCUCACCUGAUAAGAUGGUUGAGAUGCAGGCAAAGAUUGAGGAGGAGAGAAAAGCUUUGGAGGCCAAACUAGACAUGGAGGAAGAAGAGAGGAACAAGGCACGUGCUGAACUGGAGAAAAGAGAGAAGGACCUGCUCAAAGCACAACAGGAGCAUCACCUGUUGCUGGAGAAGCUGUCGGCCCUGGAGAAGAAGGUGAUUGUGGGGGGAGUGGACCUGCUGGCCAAGGCUGAGGAACAGGAGAAACUGCUGGAGGAGUCCAACAAUGAGCUGGAGGAGCGGAGAAAGCGUGCGGAGCAGCUGCGGAGGGAGCUGGAGGAGAAGGAGCAAGAGCGUCUCGACAUCGAGGAGAAGUACACUAGUUUACAAGAGGAAGCCCAAGGAAAGACCAAGAAGCUGAAGAAAGUUUGGACCAUGCUAAUGGCAGCCAAAUCAGAGAUGGCAGACCUGCAGCAGGAACAUCAUCGUGAAAUUGAGGGGCUGCUGGAGAACAUUCGGCAGCUGAGCCGCGAGCUGCGCCUGCAGAUGCUCAUCAUUGACAACUUCAUCCCCCAUGAGUACCAGGACAUGAUUGAGAACUAUGUGCACUGGAAUGAAGACAUAGGGGAAUGGCAACUGAAAUGUGUGGCGUAUACUGGCAACAACAUGAGGAAACAGACCCCAGUGCCUGACAAGAAAGAAAAAGAUCCAUUUGAGGUGGACCUCUCCCAUGUGUACUUGGCAUAUACAGAGGAGAGCAUGAGGCAGUCACUCAUGAAGCUGGAGAGGCCUAGGACCUCCAAGAGUGGUAAAUCCAGGCCAAAAACAGGCAGAAGGAAAAGGUCUUCAAAACCUGAGGCUGUGAUCGAGUCCCUUCUGCAAUAACACUUUCAUGGAGAAAGAUCACUACUGCAACCUCAACAUGUUACUGAAAAAACCAAGUCUAUGAAAGGACUCCUAUCAAAAAUGAAAAAGAAAAAAUUGUUUCAUGGCAUGCAGAAAGGAAUUACAUGUAUGACUUGGCAUUCUGAACUCAGCAAGACACCGGGGUUUCAUCCUAUAGCCAACGAUACGAGCCAGCCAGACUACUAGUGUUUUCCAUCUGUAGUGCUUUGAUCACUGAAUGACACCAAGAAUCAAGCAGGGGAAAAUUCUUGAAUGUAGUGAUUGUGCAGUUUGUGCAUUGUGAUAACGUAUUUGUUCCCAACUAGAAUGAAGAUUGAGGAAUGAAGGAAUUCCUGAGGAUCCAGUUUGGUUUACGGUAGUUUCCAUGCUUUGGGCUGGAUCAUUGAUUGUUACGGGUGCCAGGAUUGAGGCUUACUGGGCACAGAUUGCAUUUUUCAAAUAUGCAUGUAUGUAUGUAUACUUUGCGUGGAAUGAUGAAACGAUUUCUCAUUUUUGAUUGGAAAUUACCUUUAAAACCUGCUAAAUUCCCACAGUAUAUAAUACUAUUCAUAUGCCAGUGUCCCUGUUAAAGGGUUUCCCUGUUUACUGUGUAAAAUAAAACAAAUGGAAACACAGGACAAAAGCUGAAGUCUUAACACUGUUUCAGGGUAUAAUUUAAAUAGACCCACACUUUAGCCGGGGUGACUCAGCUUCUUUAUGUAAAAAUGUCACGUGUGUGUGUGUGUAUAAAUAACAUGAGCAACACAGUCUAUUACUCUGCAUAAUACUACUCUUCCACUCUAAAUAGUUCAUAAUUUUGAGAGCACCAUGACUUUCUUCAAUGAAUUGAAGCUGGGUUUACUCUUCAUUUCUUAUGUACCAUGUCUGUUGCUGAAAUUUAUGAAAAAUCCUGUAUAAAAUGCAAGAAUUACAUGUUUUUGCUCAGUACAUUUAGAUUGAAUAGAGCUCUAAAGAAGCACUUUAAUGGCCAGCCUACAUUGUCUUCUGCAGAUGCUCAAACCACUCUGAUGGACUGGAAAUGAUCUCAGUCUUAGUAAACAGAAGACCAAGGGUAGGGCUUUGUCCUUGUAGUAGUUUGGUCUUAUACUCUAGAAUGCUUGGAGUAUAAAACUCUUCAGCACUGUAAAAGUCAUACACAUUCAGCCAAUGGCAGUGUGAUAGUUUAAAAGUUGGAUUUGAAAUGGAAGCAAAUAGUGCUUAAUACUUAAUUUAAUGGUAUUGUAAUUUGCAUGCUAUACAGUUCCUUAUGUGAGGCCAUUUGUCCCAGAUGAAACACUAAUGUACUUUUUUGUGUUUAAAUGUCGUCUCUUUGAUGUUCUGUAGUCUUAACAUUUUGACCAACUAUAAUAUAAAAAGGUAAAUCUUCCUACAUUGUAUGUCAAAUGUUUACAUGUACUGGUCCCCCACCCAAUUAAUGUAGGUAAUAAAUUAUUACACACCUU